AUGACGUCUGGUACUGUCUCCUCCCUCUUGCUCCUUCUGUUGCGCUUCACUCCAGCACUAGCCCAACAACAAGUACAAUUCAACCAGGUACUCAACAUAAAUGGGGACAUGGAUCUGAACUCCUUUGUAUUUCCCGACCGUUCCAAAAUCGAAACCUUCUCCCAAAAACAGCAGCAAAUAAUCGUUAAUCAACAAACCCCCGCAAUCCCCGCGAACCAAAUCACCGGCUCAACAGGCCAGCCCUUCGUAGGUCUCACAACGCAGUCUAUGAUCGUCAGCACAAACGGCGCAACCGACUUGGUCGGCGGGGAGAUUGAAAUGGCCAUGACAGUGCAGAAUCUGCAGGCCAACGCCGUUAACCCCGAUAAUACAUACGUCGCUAUGCUCUCACCGGACAGGCAGAGCUGGAUGAUUCAGGAGACGAUGAGGAGCGUCAAUACCACUGAUAUGACGGUUCGCAUGGUCAAGCGAAACCAGCUCGAUGGCGAGUAUAUGGUUGUUGGGCGUCAGACUGUGGAGACUAACACGUUCGUCACCCGGUUCGGCAGCGAUGGGGCGACGUCGGUUGCCAUCCAGGGUACGGGGCUGCAGGAGAACGAGUUCCAGGAUGGGUUCAGGAUGUCGACUCGAGCGACGCAGCCCAUGAUCAUGAACGUUAAUGUCAAGGACGGUGUCGACGCGAGUAUGCUGGCGGCUCUCCAGGGCCAACAGGCUGUUAACGACUACCGAUACUCAGUCACCACGAAUCUCGGUGCCGUCGUGCCAGAUCUCAACCAACAAGUCACAGUUGUGCAGAUGCCCAUAAACGCAAUCCGCAUCCAAAAACAAAUGCAAUCCAUGAACCUCCCCCCAAACGGCCAAGUAACCCUCUCCAUCGCCCAACGCAGCGUCCUCCAAAACCCCGGCGGCGCAACCGCAAACCUCGGCGGCGCCGCACUCGGCACAAAGCGCCGCGCAGACUUCAGACAAGAAAUCACCGCGCGCCAAAACACACCCACAGGCACAACGACAACAAACAACAACCCCGUAGCAGCCCAGCUCCUCCUCGCCCCAACCUUCACGCCCGUGGCUGCUACCGCCGUCCUUGAUGCGACGAAUAUGCGCAUCGCUAUCCCUGUGCGCCAGGUGGAUGGCGAGUUCAUCCUGACGAUGGCGCGUAUGGGGGGUGCGAAUGCCGCGCAGCCGGCACCUGCCCAAGGUCAACCAGCUCCGGCGCAAGGCCAGACGCAGACGUCUAACACUACUGAGCGCCGCCAGGCCGCGCCGCUGGACCAGUACGGUGAUGUAAUUCCUCCGCUGGGCGCGGUCGUUAUGACGAUGCGGCAGAUUGAUAGUAUGGCGCAGAUGGUGAUGUGGGGCGGGCAGGCGCCGAUUAGUCGGAUGAUGAGCGAGUAUGUUAAGGCGCAGGGUGGGGGGGAGGUGAAUGGGACGGUGCCGGCUGCUGGGUCUUCGGGUGUGAGUAUUGUUGUUUGA